AGUAUUUUGCAGCUCGCAAAAUUCGGUCACACUACGUUUGGUCGUCGUGUACAAAAAUCAAUUACUAUUACUGCUGAAACUGAGUACGAAAAGCGUUUCCGCUUGUAAACAAAACGGCAGUUAACCACAAUUAGCAAUAGUGUUUUAAAUCAACGGAGCAAUAACAUUUGGAAAAAAUGCAGAUCAAAGAAUUCCGCGUGACUUUGCCAUUAACCGUGGAAGAGUAUCAAGUAGCACAAUUGUUCUCGGUGGCGGAGGCGUCAAAGGACAACACGGGUGGCGGCGAGGGCAUUGAGGUAUUAAAAAACGAACCCUUCGUUAAUUUCCCACUGUUGGGCGGCAAAUACAAUUCCGGUCAGUACACAUAUAAGAUCUACCAUCUGCAAUCAAAAGUUCCAGCGUACAUAAGACUAUUGGCGCCCAAGGGCUCAUUGGAGAUACAUGAGGAGGCAUGGAAUGCUUAUCCUUAUUGUCGAACGAUUAUUACGAAUCCCAAAUUCAUGAAAGAUGCAUUCAAAAUAAUCAUCGACACGUUGCACGUCGGCGAUGCGGGAGACUCGGAGAAUGUACAUGAGCUGACGCCCGACAAGAUGAAAGUGCGCGAUGUGGUUCACAUUGACAUUGCCAAUGAUCCGAUCCUGCCAGCGGAUUACAAGCCCGAAGAGGAUCCCACCACCUACCAGUCAAAGAAAACUGGCCGUGGUCCUCUAGUGGGUAUUGAUUGGAAAAAGCGCGUAGAUCCAGUUAUGACCUGCUAUAAGCUCGUCACAUGUGAAUUUAAAUGGUUUGGCCUGCAGACAAGAGUAGAGAAUUUUAUACAAAAAUCCGAGCGACGUCUCUUCACAAACUUCCAUCGCCAAGUUUUCUGUUCAACUGAUCGCUGGUACGGUCUAACAAUGGAGGACAUACGCGCUAUUGAAGAUCAGGUGAAAGAUGAGCUGGACAAGGCGCGCCAGACCGGUGAGGUGCGGGGCAUGCGUGCGGAUAAUGAUUAAUUGGAUUAGACAAUUUUUAAAUAUGUACAUGUAAAAACACAACACAAACAUUAUGAUAAAACAAAGAAAAAACACAAGCAACUGAAUGAUAUAUUAAAAAGGGAAAUGCAUAAAUAAAUUUACAAAUUAACUUAAACAAACAACAACAAAAGCAAACACCAAGUGUAUGACAACAAAAACAAAAAAACAACAACAACAGCAAAGCUUAGCUCUAGUUUAGCGAUCACACACAGCCCCCAGGAAAACAAUAUCAAGCCCGGUAGUUAAGUUUUAUUUUGUAAGUAAAAUAUAAUCAGGACACACACAUCUCCACAAAAAAAGAAAAAGAAAAGGACACUUUGAAUGCACAUCCUACCCAAUCACAAGCCACAAAAGCCUCACUAAUAAAAGUCACACUUUAGCAUUAAAUAUAAAAACAAAAACUGUAAGUGGAUAAAUGAAAGUUGUUUACAUGUAUUCAAUAUGUAUUAUUGGAGUAAUUCGUUUAAGUUGCAACUGUAAAUGAAAUCAAACUAAAUGACAGCUGAUGUAAAAAGUUUAACAAAAAACUGCAUACAAAAUAGUGCAUUAAAAAAAUCAAAUAAAUGAAAUGAAUAAAAAGCGCAUCGAAGGCAUGCAAAACCAGAAAAGAAAAGUCGAAAUAAACUUAACUGAUGGUUUGCAAAAACUAUAGAACUAUAUACACACAUAUAUAUACAUGUACACAUAUAUAUACAAAAGAAAGUAUUACAUUGGAGCAUUAUGUUUUACCAGAAUACAUAUGUAAACUGUGCAACAGA